GAGAUGCGGCCCCAGCUGCUCAAGUACGCUUGCGUCAGCCCCGAGACCAACCAGUUCGGCGUGCCGCCGCUCGAGCAGCUGCUGCAGCAGCGGCUGACUCUGUGCACGUGCGCGGCGACGCACAUGCUGCUCGAGAGCGGCGUGCCGUGCGCCUCCUCGCUGCAUGGCGCCGGCCCGCACGAGCCGCCUGCCGAGCUGCUCGACGCCGACGGCGCCCCGCUCCACUACACGCACAUCAUCGUCGACGAGGCGUCGCAGGCGCUCGAGCCGGAGAUGCUGCUGCCUCUCUCGUUUGCGGGACCGCGCUGCGACGUGCUCAUGUGCGGCGACCACAGGCAGCUCGGCCCGACCGUCCGCUCGACCUACUGCCGCGAGCACGGCCUCGCGACCUCGAUGCUCGAGCGGCUGAUGAAGCUGCCGCUCUACGCGCCGCCCGGGGACGGCGCCUCCCCUCCACCUCCCUCCUCCGGCCCUCCCUGCGUCACCAAGCUGGUGCGCAAUUACCGCUCGCACGCCGCGCUGCUCUCGCUGCCGUCGCGGCUCUACUACGGGAGCGAGCUGCAGGAGUGCGCCGACCCCGCGACGUCGCGCGUGAUGGAGGGGUGGGAGGGGCUGCGGCGGCGAGGGUUCCCGCUGCUCUUCUACGGCGUCUCGUCGGCGCACACGCACGAGGUGGACUCACCCUCCUUCUUCAACCCGGUGGAGGCGGAGAAGGUCGCGGAGCUCAUCGAGAGGCUGCUCGCCGCCAGCAAGGCGGACGGUACCGGCAUCACCACCAACGACGUUGCGGUGGUGACGCCGUACCGCAAGCAGGUGGUCAAGGUGCGGCAGCUGCUCCGCUCGCUUGGGCUGGGCGCGGUCCGCGUCGGCUCGGUCGACGACUACCAGGGGCAGGAGGAGACGAUCAUCAUCAUCUCAACGGUGCUCGCGUCAUACGGCGACCGCAGCAGCCUCGGCCGGCUCGCGUCGCCGCACAGCCUCAUGUCGUCGCCGCAGCGCUUCAACGUCGCCAUCACGCGCGCGCGUGCGCUGCUCGUCGUGGUGGGCGACCCGAACGCGCUGAUCGACGACCCGUCGUGGCGCGAGCUGCUCCGGUACGCGGUCGAGAACGACUCCUAUCGCGGCUGCCCCCACCCGCUAAUGAUGGAGGGCACCGAGGACGAGGCGCGUCUGAGAACACGAUGGCGCAGCUCGCCGACCACGUGGCGAACUCGGUGCUGGGCAGCGGCAACGCGGUCGCCAUGUUCCCCACCCUCGCGGGCGAGGCGACGUACGACGGCGCGUACGAUGAGUCGGACGACCAGCCCUGGCGCGUCAUGCUGUGACCCGCGCUAGGCCUAUGGGCGGUGGCGCCCUCGCCCCUCCUGCCGUGGUUGUCAAUCCUUGCCGCGCAUCUGUCUAGUCAAGUACGUAUAUGUACGUAAAGGUGGUAAAGCGAGAAGAGGUACGU